AUAAAAAUUACUUUCUACCUAAAAUUACCGUAUAUAAUCAUGAGGAAGGCACAGAAAAAGUACAAAAUCAAAUGCAAAGUUGUGGAGAGGAAACCGGCGGCACCCGAUCCGGUGAAGAAGUUGCGAAAAGAAAAGGAACCGACCCCAGAAUUGCCCAAAACUCCACCGGAAUGUCCGAAAGUCAUCAUAAAUCCCAGUCUGAGUCGUAGGAAAAAAUUAAGCGAAAAGCCUUCAACAGAACCGACCAACAUAUGCUGCGACGGAAGACAACUCACCAAAUACGUGAACCCGAAAGCGGUGAAACCGAAACCGAUAACCCUUCCGACCAAGUACAAGCGAAUCAUCAAAAUAUGCGCGAAGAAGGAGAUGGACCUUCAAAAGGGGAAAGGGAAGGCAUUGAAGACCCCGAAAAAAAUCGUUCUGCCUCAGAAACCGUCCGUGGAAGUAGGAGAGGGUGGCAAAGUGUCUUUGAAGAAAGCCACUCCAACGGCCAGCAUGCUGGUACCACCUACCGACAGCGAACUGGAACGGAACAAGCCCAAGACUGGAAUCAAAUUGAACCAAGUCUCAUACAUGGAAGAGGAACCGCUUGAAAGAACCCUGUUCCAAUAUUCCAGUUUCGAUCUGGUCGAACGAGGACACGUCCGACCCAUUGAAAAACACUACGUAAAACUGGAGAAGACCUACUUAAAAGAUGAAUCCGUACUGAAAAGCGGUUUAUUGGAAAAAGAAGACAAGCACCAGAUAAAAAAGGACUUGAAGUCGGUGCGCCAUCAGAUGGAAAAAAUACGUGAAGACAAGUUUGGAACUUCUAUCGCACAAAACACGUACGAGAUGAACACCACAAUUCUAAUGGAAGAUUCCGAUAAAACGGGCGACGGCUCGACGAAACGAAAGAGCAAACAAGACGAGUCAACUUUUGGCGACACCAUGUUCAAGUCCGAUUACAAUCCGGGAAUCUCUCGUGAGGAGUACAAGUGGUACCAAAACAGAAGGGACGGAGGAUUGGACGAGACCAUCACCAGUUACAAGGAACCUAAGCAAGGAGAAAGGGAACAAUUGGAUGACUCUUUGAUACACUACAAGAAGAGGAAUUAUGAACCACCUAGAAAAUUAGUCGAAGAACGAAUAACGAGAAUCACCGACCUCACCAUGCAAGACACAGGAUUGUGGGACACCAAAUUGAUUCACGAUGAAUCCACUAAACCGUGGAGUCACCACCAGAUCUCAGACAAGAUCGAAGAAGAAGACGAAGAGGUGGCGGAAAUUUUGGAGGCCUCCGAAGCUACUAAACAAAAGUCGCAGACCGAACCAGACAAAAGCAAAUCUAAAGUGGCGGAAGACGGUGACCAGGCCGAAGAAGACGGGAUGGACGAGGAAGAACGGAAGAUCUUCCAACUGGGAGUGGCCGGAGAAGGGGGCGGCGAAGGAGACGAGGCUCGGCUAAAGGACGAACAAAUAAUCGAGUCCUAUCUGACGAAACAGUUUCGAAAGAAAGUGUCGCAGCAUUCUGUGGCCACUUCGUACAAUGCCCGAGACACUUACGUGUGCCCUCAAAUCAUGAUGACCGACUCGGAGAUUUUGGCCGGCGAACAUCUGAUGGAGGACAAACUGACGCAGAAAUUCAUGAGCAGGGACGACGAGAAACCGACGCCCAGGAAGUUCCACAGAGGCACGUUGGAGAGCCACUCGUUCACGGACUUGCAACAGACCUACAUCAAGGACUUUUAUUUCGGUUCGACUGCCGGUUCCAUGCACAAAAGCGACCCCAACUUGAGCGUGGACGGGAAACAGGGCAUCUGCAUUCCGGUGACGGCAUAUUGCUUCGCCUUCUUGAAACAUCCCGUCCAUUGGCAGACCGAAGACGUUGACGAGGUCAUGAUUACCGGUACCAACUUGUACUUGAGCAGUUUAAGGACGUUUCGUAUCCAGGAUCGGAGAGAACUGACCUAUCAGGAAUUGGAUCGCUUCUGUGUCUUCGACAGGAAAAAGAUUAGGUUCAUUGUUGACGAACCAGGUUUGUCCGGCUUCAUAUUUUCUAAGGACAAGCGCAUCUACAACCUGACGAAAGCUUUGAAGAUAUUUUUCGCCAGAGAUACUGCUUGCAUUUUUAUUUCCAACGACGUGCACAUCGCCAUUUGGAAGGACAAGUACUAUUAUCUGUUCGACGGCGUUCACAGAACAAAGGACAUGUACAUUUCGGAAAGUGGCGUCGCCAACGUAUGCAACUUCUACGACAUCGAAGGCAUCGUCACCAUUCUCCUUCAAAGAUCCGGUUACGGUGACUGGCCCUUCGUCCUUCACAGCAUACGAGUGAUAAAAGUGCUGGACAAACACACAGACGACUCGAAAUUCGUUGACGAAUUGAAUUUCAACGAAGAACGCGACAAUUACAACAUAGUGAGCAGUGAAAUGGCAGUUCUGCGUGGAUCGUACCAUUUGGGCGACUUGUGCUUCAAGUUCAUGAGGAACAAACAAGCCAUACCCGCUUGUUGUAUGGCACUGAUAUAUUCACGACUGACACCGGCUUCGGCGUGGACGAGAAUAACGAUGGACAAGAUCCUGACGCUCGGUUCGAGAAUCGCUUACGAGUGUCUGCGAUGCGACCAAAGCGAUAACGUCACGUUGCAAUUGGUUCCGGCUUUUCUCGCCAUCGGUCCAUACAUCGUCGAGAUUUACAUACACGAGAAUUUGUUCUGCGACAGCGUCUACAAACGUUGCAAAUGCAUGCUUCAGUUUGCCAUGGAGGAGUUCUUCGAAAACAGCACCAACGGUCUGAUCAACAUCCAGAACAGCAUGAUGGCCAUAUUUAAACAGAGGAGCCAGUACUUUUUGUACGACCCGUACGGACGUAACAAACUGGGUACUGUUUGUCGCGAUGGAGCUGCCGCCAUCUCUAUGCACUCGACCGUCACUUCGUUAGUAAACCUGAUUCUGGCAAACCAUGAAAUUACGAAAGAAGUGGUGUUCCACAUUCACGGUCUGAAAGUUUGUAAGAUCAUACGGGACCCGAGCAAAUCGGAUCAGUAUCCGAAAAACAUCAGGAUGAACGACAUCACGAUCGACGCAUUCAAAGGAAGAAUGUCUUUGAGUGAUAAGAAGGCGGUGAAGAAGCGCAGAGUGGCAUUGGAUUUUUCGAGACUCGCCACGCAGUCACCUUUUGCCUUCGGCGAGGAAGAGUCCCUGUUCCAGAUCGGCCAAGGAGUGGAGAGCUUCAUGCAAAACGAGAUGCCCCGAAUUCCGGACAGGAUUCCGGUCAAACCGUUCGCAGAGGAACCGUGUAACGUGGUAGUACCAGAAGUGGACUUGAACAAGGCCAUAGAUCUAGAUUCACCAGCCCUUUCCGAGACUCAAGUUCCCGCCAAACAACCAGACGAAGAUCACAUUGAGGAGCAGGAGGAACAGGAAUUGGAGUUCAUGGAUCUGUGCUCGUUCGAUUUAACGAUGGACGAGUUGGUGUUGGAACCGUCGUUUGAACAUGAAGCACCCGAAGGAUUUACGUAUACAUCGAGGAAAGAGAUGGACGACGAACUGCUCAAGCAACAAAUGUUGGAGAUGCAAGGAUUAGCGACCAAGAAACGAUCGAUCCUGAGUCAAGUGAGCGAUUCCUCAGCCAUGUCCGACUACAUUUCGAAGAUGAAGAACCUGUGCAAAGGUCCAAAGUACACUUUCGACGGCUAUUCCAUCAUAGAGGAAGGUGAAGACUACGAAUUCGAAGGAGAAGGUGGUGAAGGAGGUGUCGGCGUUCCAGACGAUGAAUUUUUCUACACUCAAGCCACUCUGACGCAGGUGAACACCACUUCUCUGGAGGUCGCCUACAUUGGACGCAUGUCUGAGAUGAUGAACACAGAUAUAACUUCGUUUCCGACGACGAUGACAAAGUUGUAUCCGACUUUUAUAAGACACAGAAUCGAAGGUAGGAGACCGCAGAAACCUAUUUGUGUCGGCCCAUUGAAACAAGACCAGCCAGAAUAUCUGUCGCAACAAUUGGAGCUGGAGAAGUUGACGAAUUUCGUCGACGCUCCAGACGGUUCGCAACUACUGAAGGGCACCAAAAACAUUGCCGACUUUAACAAAGAAGUGGAGUUUGCGGCUCCAUUUAUGUGUAUCAUGGCCGCUCCGGUCGCGAGAAAAUAUACUUUAGGUACUUGGUCUAAAGAAAUUAUCGAUUACAUUUUGGAAUGCGGAAGUGAAUUGUAUCAAAAUUCCCCGGUGCGAUACGACCAGGUUACCAAAAUGGACAUACCAAGGAUCAGUUUAGGUUCAACCGAUUUCCGCGUGUCCGUCCAAUACAUUUUCGACAGUUACAUGAAACCCAAAAUGGUGGAACUGGCAAUCACCAAGGUACUAUUCUCGCAGUUCACCAUGGGUAUUUUGGUGACUCCCACGUACGCGUGCACGAUCCUAUACAAGAACUUUCUGUUCUACCUCUUCGACCCGUUCGCCAACAACACGGUGGGCUUGAGCGAAGGAUCGGGAGGCGAAGGCACAGCUUGCAUGUCGCGUUUCACCAACAUCGCCGACUUGGUGAGAAGGAUCAUGUACAACAAGCGCAAGAGGGAACUGGGCGAGAACGUGGAGUACUGUCGUUUCGUGCUGAGUGCCGUCGACGUGAGGAGCAUUCCGCAGGUGUCCAAAGACGACGACAAGUACAAACAAAAGGGCGAAGACGGAGACGGAGACGAAGAUGUCGGGGACGAGGAGAAGGCGAAAGAAGAACAACGAAUGGUCGAGGAAGCCAUGAUGGAAGAAGGCGAAGACGAAAAACCUAAAGAAGAACCGAAACAAAUCAUAUUGCCAGGGUAUCAGUACAAGAAAGGCCUACUCGUUAUAGAAGGCAGUUCGGUGCUGGAAGGACGAAGCGACAUCACGCCGGAGAUUAAGAACGAUCAUUUCAUUUGUCUGUGCGCCUGUUUGGCUGCUCUGAUGUGUCCGAUUCCCAAAUGGCACACCAAGAAAGUCGAUCAAGUCAUCGAGAACGGCAAUCACAUUUAUCGUCAUGCCGACGACGUCACCAUUUCCAGCAGACGGUUCAUAAAAAACAUUUUAAUCGGAGACAAAUUCUUCGAUGUGGUGAUAAAACGGUUCGUCACGGAUUCGUCGGCGAUGAACGCGAACAUAAAAGAGGGCAUGAGAAUCUUGUUCUCUUGGAAAAUGUGCUGCUUCCUGGUUCAGUUUUCGUGCGCGUGUUACGCCGUUUACAAGAGCAACGACGACGUCUAUCACAUGUUCGAUCCUUACGGACCGGUCAACUUCAAACACAAGAAAGAGAAAUACAUGGCCGGUUGGGUGAGAUGCAAAAACUUGGACAAGUUGCAAAAACGAAUGGGACGAAUGAUACGUGUGCAAAAGGUCGGCAAUUUUCAGUUUUACACGUUCGAGAUUACCUCAAUUAAAAAGGCGUCGAAAGAUCUGACGCUGUCGCACAGAUUGCACUGCGUUUGUGUCGACGACAGGAGGAAAAAGAAGGACGAACUCGAGAAAUUUGGCAAACCGUUCAACGAGGAUCCGGAAUGGCUUCUGGUCGAUCCCAUUCCGUGGUCAAGGAAAACGAAGUACUCGGCUUAUGGUAGAGUGCGAGGGUGCGAAGAUAACAUGUGGAACAACUGGGACAUCGAGUAUCCAAACGAUUUGUACUCCAUGAUUGCUCAAGUUACCCAAUUCGAUGAGUUGAUACCUUCGGAACGAAGGGGAAAAGGGACCAUCUUCAUUCUUGUUGUUUGUUUGGGAAUGUUGGAGAUCUACGAGUUGUCCGAGUGGAGUCCCGCUGUCUUAAACUCUGUGAUGAUGAACGGUGACACGUACUUUUUCGAGUGCAUCAAGGACAAAGACGAAGACGACUACGAGUUGAGCAUGGAGGAUCUAAAUGAGAACGCCCAAAUUUUCCCCUAUCAAUUUAACGUCACCCUCAAACCAGUUUCUGAAGGCUCGUUCUUCGUCGUUCGUGAUACCCGAUUCAAUUUAUACAAAGGCCUCAAACACUUUUUCGCCGAUUUAACUAAAAGAUAUGGCAUCAUUUACAGUUCAGGUUUGGACGGUUGUUCAAGAAAAUACGUAGCAUUUGGAAGAACGAAACCGAGGGAAUACUUUGUGUUUGAUUGCGACACACGUGAUGCACCAAUGUUCAACAAAAACCUGGGCAAACCUUUUAUUCUGCGAAUGACAACUCUCAACAGAUUGGUGCACGUUCUCACGUUGACGUUACGAGGCGGAAACUUUUACAUUUUCGAUGUUACCAUCAAAGAUUUACAGCCGGUUGAAUAAAUAAAACA